AUGGACGAAUCCUUCGUCGACUUGAUGUCGCACAGCGACUCCGAAGAAUUUCCUGAUGAUAUAGAUACGGAGUUUUAUCGCGCCGAUGACUGUGAAGAUUCUUUGGAGUACCAAAACCCAGAAUUUAUUCCUCUUACUCCUGACAUGUUGGUUCAGUAUAUGUUGGAAACGGUGAACGCCGUUCACCAGAUUACUACACUUCCCAAAACUAUAAUCAGGUUACUUCUUGAUUACUUCAAAUGGGACAAAGAUGCUCUCAUUGAACAAUACUUUGAGCACAGUAAUCCCCACAAUUUCGUCAAAUCAACCAUUCUGCCGUCGUUAGUUGAAAACAACGAUGAUAUACCGUCGUUAGUCCUCCGAUCCUACACCGAUGCUUAUGGUAAUGGUGAGUUUCUUUGGUCGCUGCUGUUAGUUUUUGUCUCCACUGACUUGUGA